AUGGUAGUGUUCAACCAGAGGCCAACAAGAAUGAAUGAAGAACAUCUAAAAGAAAUGAAAGACUUGGCUACAGCCAGAACCUAUUUCCAGGACGGCCAAGUGAAGAUUAUUCCUUUGCCUUCCUCCCAGGCCAUUCGAGUUCUUGCAGAACGACCCCAUGCUAGUAAUAGGAGUUGGUUCAAUCAAGAUUUUCCCGUUCCGGAAAAUUGUAAUGUGAAUAAAACACAGGUUAGGUUCCAGGCUGGAGUUUUCAUCAUUGAAGUUCUAAAAGCAACCACCAGACAACCUUGUCCUGAAGAAGAAACCACAGAUACCGACGAGGCUCCAAUCCGUCCAAACUUAAGCAUUGGUGAGGAAGGAGGUCAGGAAAAGAGUACGACUUCUCAAUUCUCAGAAAAAGCAACAACUCAGCCAAAUCCACGAGAGGGUAUAGAAGAACCUGCAAGCAUCAAAAUAGAGAAGAAGCAACUCUACCGAAAGAUACUUCGACCACACAAAAAAGAAGUUAUCAAUGAAGAAUCAGAAAUGAAAGAUUCCGAAGCUCUAAGCCCUCUAUAA